GAGAAUGUAUAAAACAAGCUGUUCCUCAAAUGAAAUUAGAUUCGAGUGCGUCAUGUGAUGCAAUUUCCUCCCUGCAGUCUAUAUGAAAUAUUCACUGCAAAGGACUGUACUUUAGUCCUAAAUAGAAAACUUAGUCUCGUCCCGAGUUCAGACUUGACGGCAGUGGAGAAAGCGACAUAGUAAUAUUUACCUUACUCGUUAGACUUCAUGGUAUCCAGCCCGACGGCAGUCUGAUUGCUCUUCAAUGUAUAAAAAUAGCUGCUUUAAAGGCAAAGCCGUCCGACCUACAUAGUGUGCCACUGGGAGAACUCUGCGCUAAGUAGAUAGCUGAGAGAAGAAAGAUUGCUCGGGGAUAUUGACAGAAUGAAAAUAAGAUGGGAUAUAUACAGUCCGUGCGGUGAAGAUGAAUAUUUACUCUGAAGAUAAAACUAAAUGCAGUUUUCAGUGUAGGUGGCUGAAGUGAAUCCUAGAUUAACCCUGCAGAGGGUUGCAGGAAUUUUCCAUAAUGACCACUUCUGAAUGUUCAAAUUCAAAUAAUUUUGAGACACUUCAACUAACAAAGGACCAUACCUGGGAAGUCAGAGCUAACAACAGGAGAUAUCACACUCAAAUCAAGGAACGUUUCUUCCUCUGCUUUAAGAAAAGGAAAUAUGCUGGCAAUGAAAUUAAGACUUCGAAAUACAACAUUAUUACCUUUCUACCUCGCAACCUGUUUGAACAGUUCCAGCGAAUUGCUAAUUUCUACUACUUGCUUAUUUGUAUUCUCCAGGCUAUCCCUGCUAUUUCUACUCUGCCUUGGUAUACAACGAUGAUUCCUCUCACGUUCGUUUUAGGAAUAACAGCCGUUAAAGAUAUCUUUGAUGACAUUGCACGUCACAAGAGCGACAAAGAGAUCAACAAUAGACCAUGCGAUGUUCUUGUUGGGAAAAGCUUCACAACUUCAAAAUGGAAAGAACUCCAAGUAGGUGAUGUGGUUUGCCUGAGGAAGGAUGACUUUGUUCCAGCUGACCUGUUCUUGCUGUCUAGUUCGGAGCCAAAUAGCCUGUGUUAUGUUGAAACAGCUGAAAUCGAUGGUGAAACCAACCUGAAAUACAGACAAGCACUAAGUGUUACACAUAAUGAAGUGAACACCAUGGACCAACUAGCACAGUUUGAUGGUAGAAUAAUCUGUGAAAAGCCAAACUGUGACCUGCACUCAUUUACAGGCACAUUAAUUUGGAAAAGAGAAGAAUUCUCACUUGACAAUGGACAAAUAUUACUCCGAGGUUGUAGAAUACGGAAUACAGAAAAGUGUUAUGGGGUGGUUUUAUUUGCAGGGGUGGAUACAAAAAUAAUGAAGAACAGUGGGAGAUAUGUCUUGAAGAAAACCAGAGUAGAGCGCCUCAUGAAUCGUGUGGUCCUUCUUGUCCUCUUGAUUCUUGCUGUUUUAUCGUUCUGCCUCGCAGUUGGAGGUGCCAUCUGGAAUGAGAAAUUUGGAAAGAAAGCUCCGUAUCUCAACAUUGAUUCCAAACAUUUCAGUCCUGGAUAUCAAGGCUUCCUGUCCUUUUGGGGCUACGUUAUUAUUUUAAACUCAAUAUUGCCAAUGUCACUUUAUGUUAUUUUUGAACUUCUUCAUGUGGUCCAGAGCUUUUUCAUCAAUUGGGAUCUAAAGAUGUACUGCGCUGAGAGAGACAGUCCUGCCAAUGUAAGAACAACUACUCUGAAUGAAGAGCUUGGCCAAAUAAAGUACAUUUUUUCAGAUAAAACUGGAACUCUAACCCAAAACGUCAUGACCUUUAAGAAAUGCAGCAUCGGUGGACGGAUAUAUGGCAAUCAAUUUGAUGGUGUCAAAAAUGCAAAGGUAGUUGAUUUUAGCUGGAACGCAUUUGCUGAUGAAAAGCUGAAGUUUUAUGACUGCUCACUGUUGGAACGGAUUCAUUCAGGAGACGACCCAGGAGUUCAUGAAUUCUUUAAAUUAUUGGCAGUUUGUCACACAGUGAUGGUGGAGGCUAAAGAUGGUCAGCUUACUUACCAAGCUGCUUCUCCCGAUGAAGAAGCACUCGUUACUGCGGCAAGAAACUUUGGCUAUGUGUUCCUAUCACGCACACAGGACACAAUAACUGUUAGUGAGCUGGGAGUUCAGAGGACGUACACAGUGCUAGCAAUAUUGGACUUCAGCAGCUGCCGUAAGAGGAUGUCUGUUAUCUUGGAAGACUCUGAGGGAAAGAUUAGACUGUAUUCCAAAGGAGCAGAUGCGGUGAUAUAUCAAAGGCUUUGUCCAAACUGUCCCCACAAGGAGAGCACUCAAACGGCACUUGAUUACUUCGCUGCGGAAACACUGCGGACAUUGUGCCUGGCAUACAAAGAAGUGGAGGAAAACUACUUCAAAGACUGGAACCAAAGGCACCAUAAGGCUAGCGUCGUUCUGCAGAAUCGUGGAAGGUUGCUCGAUGAAUUGUAUGAAGAAAUAGAAAGAGAUCUAGUGCUUAUUGGAGCCACUGCUAUUGAGGAUAAAUUGCAAGAUGGAGUCCCUGAAACUAUUCAAAACUUGAAGAAGGCGGAUAUUAAAAUCUGGGUACUGACUGGAGACAAGAAAGAAACAGCAAUUAACAUUGGAUAUUCCUGUAAGUUACUCACAGACCGAAUGGAGCUUUUUGAUGGGCAUGAUAUCAGCAAAGCCUUGGAGAAGUUACAGAAGAGCAACUACAUGCACAAAGAUAACAACAUUGAAACCAUUUCUGGGGCUAUAAGCAACAGCGAGCAACCUGACUUGCUCUCGUGUGACAACAAGGCACUAAUUAUCACGGGAAGCUUUUUGAACAAGUUCACAACAGGCUUGAAGGAAUCAAAACAGAAGAGGAGAUCCUACUGGAAGUUGAGAACUGCUGUUAACCCAACAUCAAGAGAGGACGUUGACUAUGAAGAGGAGGCUCAUGAGAGAGCUUUUGUAGAGCUGGCCUGCCGAUGCAAGUCUGUCAUUUGCUGUCGUGUCACUCCCAAGCAGAAAGCCAUGGUGGUGCAGCUGGUCAAAAAGUACAAAAGUGCCACCACGCUGGCCAUAGGGGAUGGAGCAAAUGAUGUUAACAUGCUGAAAACGGCGCAUAUCGGAGUUGGAAUCAGUGGACAGGAGGGCAUGCAGGCUGUUUUGUCCAGCGACUACUCAAUCGCUCAGUUUCGCUACCUUGAGCGGCUCCUUCUAGUUCAUGGACGAUGGUCUUACUUAAGGAUCUGCAAAUUCCUGAGAUAUUUCCUGUACAAGACGUUUGCAUUUUCCUUUGUCCAAGUCUGGUUUUCGUUCUUUUGUGGAUUUUCUGGUCAGUCUGUCUUCGAGCAGUGGUGCAUCUCCUUCUACAAAAUUGCCUACAGCUGGCUGCCUGUCCUCCUGCUGGGAGCACUCGAUCAGGAUAUAAGUGACGAUCUGAGUGUCAAGUGUCCGAAACGCUACAAAAUUGGACAACGGAAUGAGCUGUUCAAUUACAGGAUCUUUUUAAUUACUCUAUUUCACGGCCUUCUCAGUUCAAUAGUUAUAUUUUUUAUACCAUAUGGAGCAUUCUUGGGCAUUGCAGGGAAAGAUGGCAAAGUAGUCUCAGAUUACCAGUCUUUGUCAACAACUGUUGGCACUGCUGUGGUGCUAUCUGUUAAUGUAGAGGUUAUGUUGGAGAUUUCAUACUGGACAGUUCCCUCUGCUUUUUCUAUCAUCAUCAGUAUUGCACUGUACUUUUGCAUCACCUUUCUAACCCAAAGUGAAUUCUUGACUCAAAUGAAACCAGAUGAGUUCCAGUUCUAUGGAGCAGCAUUAAAUAUCUUUAAACAGCCUUACAUCUGGCUCACCAUCCUACUAACUGUUGCUGUAAAUUUUAUCCCGUCUGCUACGAUACGAUUAAUUUGGCGAAUCUUUCGCUCCAAAACUGCUGGAAGAGCUACUUAUGAAGACCUAAACAAAGGUCAGCCAACAUCAAAUAACAAGGCUACUCUCUUCAGAAGAGGUUCGACACAACGGCGCUCAGCCUAUGCGUUUUCACAGGACAAAGGUUACGCUGAUCUCAUCACCUCCGGGGCAAGCAUCCGAAAGAAGAGGCCUGCUUCAGGUACGAAGACAAACACAUUCUCCGAAAGUAUGCCUGAAGGAGAAACUAAUGUGGUGCAGGAGAGAUUCUGAAGUCUUCACUAAGAUGCCUUCAUUAAGACGCUUUCACUAAGACAUUGGAAAAUGUUCUGACACUGUUUCAGGGACCAUUAUGGUAAAUGUCAAAAAGACUAGGAUUCUGACUGACUGAAGACUGUGCUAGGCCACAAUAAGAGUCAGUUUAGUUGCUGCAACUUGAAUGAAACAUAGUGCCUUUCUUCCUGAUCUGUUAGUGCCUGUGUAUAAUUUGGCCUAUUUAAAUCGUGUAAUGCUAUUCUUUGACUGUUAAUUUCUUGAAUUUGUUCAGUGGUGCAAGGGAAUCUUUGAUUGGAUUCCUUAUUUUUGGUUUCUGAAAGCCAAAGCCCAUUCAGGUUUCCGAAUGUAAAGAAAUUCAAUUUGUACAACUAGACCACCACAAAGAAUAAUGGCGAUUAUGGUUUAUGUUGUUCUAGCAGGGAGUCUCUCUCUGUCUGUCUCUCUCUGUCUGUCUCUCUCUGUCUGUCUCUCUCUGUCUGUCUCUCUCUCUCUGUCUCUCUCUCUCUGUCUGUCUGUCUCUGUCUGUCUGUCUCUCUCUCUCUCUCUCGCUCUCUCUCUCUGUCUGUCUGUCUGUCUGUCUGUCUGUCUGUCUGUCUCUCUCUCUCUCUCUCUCUGUCUUUCUCUGUCAUGCUUGGUACAUAAUCCAAACUAGAGUAUCUGACUAAGAGAAAAUGUAACUUAAUUCACUGGGUAGGGUGGAGUUCUGGCUUUUGUAUCUCGCUUAACAUUGCACACCAUCUUCAACAAGGAAUAAAAUUGGGUGGGUGUAAAACUAACAUUGAAUCUGAUCCUUUUGAUUUCCUGUUGGGCAGGUUAAGUUAGAAUUGCUUGUAAGUAUUUAAUUCUCGUUUAAGGUUUAUCCUUCAUUAGAUCAUCAAAACUCGUAUAACAUAACAAACAUAAUGCUGCUAGACAACUAAAUGUCAGAUAUAAAUCUAUUCCUGUCUAGCAGAGUAAUGUCUAAUAGAAAUCUCUGACUAAACAUGUAACCAUGGUGACAACAAUGAAGGAAUAUGACAUUCAAUAGAAAGGAUGGCACAUAUUUGUUCAUUCAACUUAAAUAUACCAAAUUAAGUGAGAAAGUCUGUUAUUUCUCAACAAAGUUUGGGAUAAUUAAACAGACACAUCACACUUUAGUAUCCUAAAUUUUUAAUUAAUAAAUGUACGUAACAGAUACCAUUAUUAAGCAUAAUAUCUCAAUAUUCAUUUUCUGAAUGGUAUGUGGACUUAGUCAGAGAGAUUGCUGGGAAUGUUGGCUCACACAGUAAGAGUUCUUAGGCCUGUCCAUGAUCUGCAUUGCUGCAUUCACUUGCUGGCCUGGGACAGUUAUUCCAAUCAGUUGAGCUGAUCUCCUUGUCAACUCCUCUCUCUUUUUGAUAUUUCUGGUAUUUCCCUGGUGUUAUAGUUCCAUGGUUUCAUUUAACUCAAUUUUAAGAGACAACCAGUAACCAAGGAGGUAAAAAACACACAAUGAUUAAUAAACACACACACAAUGCUGCUCAUAUCUUUUCACAAACAAGGGUAUGAAAGUGCUCAAAUGCACAUGCAUUCACUGUGUGAGCAUGAAUAUUGAGAUAUUAUGCCUCAUAAUCAUAUCUGUUACUUAGUUUUACUUAUUCCUAUCUGGAUUCUUGAUUAGAGACACAAAGCUAGUGACAAAAGUUUUGGACAACAUUUCAUGAAAAUCAAAAUUGGUUGAAUGUAAUAGCUACAGUACCUAAAACACAAAUGUUUAGAUAAUUCUUUCUAUCUAAGUUGCAGACAAUCACUUCCUGUAAUGUCUAGAAUUUAGCAUCAGGCAAACACUUACUAUAAUAUCUAGAGUUUAUUCAGAUAUAAAUAUGUAUUAGAUUGCCAGGAAUCAGAGAUUCAUUCCCUCCCAGUGUCUCUCUAAUCCUUUGAUUGUUAAUAGUAUGCACUUCAUUUAAAUUGGUUCAUAAUUUGUCACAAAAAUUGAUGUUCAGGAUUGCUGUUUGCACAUGCAUGUAUGGUUUUAUAUCAAAAGUUCAAGUAACACAAAUUGAACCACAUAUGGUCACUUCAAGACUGAAGUUCAAUUCCACACAAUUGGUAUGGUAUUCAUUUUCGUACCAUGGAGUUCAUUUUGUCAAUUAUAAUAUGGUUAAAAUAAUCUGUUAAACAUUCCAAAAUAUUUAGUAUUUCCUGAAGGAACCAUGUGUGAAAUAAUAAGUCAAAGCUUGAACAUAGACUCUCGGUGAUUUAUACGCCUCAAGCGCCAUCCAUUAGAAAGCUUCCAUAUUGGAUUUACUUGAAUGUAAAUCCAAUUUUUUUUUAUAUGUUAUUAUUGUUCCCAAAGUUAAAAAAGGAAAACAAAAGCAUGAUAUGCCAUGGAUAUAUUUGUAGUGUUCCUAGUGUUUCGUUGUUCUGUAGCCUGGAUGAAUCUUGUGUUCCAAAGGAAAUCAUACAGCCUGCAGUCUGCCUUAAAUGGUGCUACCUUUUAGGGAUCGAAAAGGAAAAUGAUCUUUCUCUCUCAUUUGCGUAAAGCAAGCUUAGGAAUGGACUGUCCCCUAAUUCCCAGAACUAAAGUGCCUCUCCAUGAUCUGGUCACUACAGAUCUCAAUUAUUUGACCAAUUUAAACAUUCUUGUCCUCAAAUUCAAAACAUUUCAUUUGUUUCAGAAAUCACAAAAUCAUAUCUGGUUACAAGUUGAACUUGUCUCUGAAAUCAGUUUGAUUUUCAUCUCCACUAUCCUCUAUUCCAGACAUGUUCAAAGCAUGUAUCUGCAGAUUGGAGUUUGGGUUGUGAAAUGCUUUAUUAUUGACUUUAAUGUGGUAUUUUAUUCGAAAGGAAAAGGUCUGAACACUCCAUAUUAUUAUUUAUGCCAUUUUAAUUCAUUACACAGAGGCUAUAUUUACAUAUAUUGUAUUUUUGAUAUUUUUAUAUUCAAAUUGUUUAUUCAUCAACCAAUUUUACAGUAAUGUGUAAUGAAUAAAUAGACUACUGCAACUAUUAACAAAUCCAUGUAGAUUGGAGACACGUUUGGAUGAAGCAUGUAUUUUGUCUGAAAGUAGAUUAUCACUGAAAAAUUCUUGACAAAUGUGCUACAGAAAUUGUGAACAGCACUGUUCUUAUGCAAACACUCUACAAUUUUGCCAGAUUUUUCUGCAAUGUAUUUCCUUAAAAGCAGUAAUCAGUAUAAAAACAGUGCGGACUGUAAUUUCCACUUACGUAUAUAUGUGUAUGAAAACAAUUUGUAAUGAGACAUUGCACUGUGAGAUUACUCACUUGAGUAAAUAGUCUUCUGUUAAAUAAAAGGCUGAGAUUAUAAAACCA